AUGUCUGGCUGGGACGCAAACUCCGAUGCCUCAUACCAGACAUCGCGCAAGAAGUCCUCGUACGGGUACAAGAAGGGAAAGCGUGCCAUUUCUUCCAAGAAAGUCACCGCAACCGAGUCGUUGACGAACUACGGCAACGACGGGAUGUGGGCAGGUCCCAUCACCAUCGGUGGAAAGACCUUCACCAUCGACUUUGACACUGGGUCCGCCGAUCUCUGGGUUCCGUCGGUAAACUGCACCUCCACCGCCUGCUCCGGAAAGAACCUCUAUAACUAUACCAAGACAUUCAAGUCCGUCACCCCUGGAUUCACCGCAAACUACGGCAUGGGCUCCGUCUCCUGCAACAAAGGAACCGAGACCGUCACGGUCGCUGGUCUUAAGGCAACGAUGCAAACUUUUGGAUACUGUUACUCCCUCGACUCUGGCUUCGGUGGGAACUUUGCUGCAGAUGGGUUAAUGGGCAUGGCAUACCAAUCCAUCGCACAAUCCGGCGGCAAGCCAUUCUUUAACACCCUUAUCUCGCAAAACAACAUGAACGGAAUUUUCUCCUUCCGCCUCGCACGGGCUUCGGGAGGACAAGCGUCGACGCUCACUCUGGGUGCUGUGCCGAGUGGAUACUCUGUUACUUACACCCCCGUCGUUUCCAAGGACUAUUGGCGUGUCAACCAGUCUGCGGUGUAUGUGAACGGUAUCGCAGCCGUCGCAUCAACCCAAGCCGCAAUCGACACUGGAACGACUUACGUCGUCGCUCCCUCCGCUGACGCCGCCGCAUUCUACGCCGCCAUCCCCGGCUCCACAAACCUCGGCUACAUGGGCUACCCCUCCUACUACGCCUUCCCCUGCGACGUUAGUAUUCCUACCGUCCAGUUCAACUAUGGCGGAAAGAACUUCACCAUGAACUCUGCGGAUUUCAAUUUGGGGCUGUUGGCUGCGGGAAGUAAUAUGUGUGUGGGAACGAUUGUUGCGAGUGAUAUGUUUAGCAAUAUGUGGGUUGUUGGGGAUUCGUUUUUGAAGAGUGUCUUGACUGUGUAUGAUUUCACGAACAACAGGGUUGGGUUUUCGCCUGCCGCCUAA